AUGCACCGAAGGGAGAUUCUGCUGCAGAACCUGAAAAGGGCCCAAAGCAAGAAGCUCAACAGAGAAGAGUUUGCAGAGGAGUUUUUGAAGCUGAAGAGACAGUCAACCAAGUACAGAUCGGAUAAAAUCUACUCUACAGCAGCAUCUGAGCAACCAGAGAACAUCAAGAAGAACAGAUACAAGGACAUCUUACCCUUUGACCACAGCAGAGUGGAGCUGUCCCUGAUUACAUCGGACGCAGAUUCUCACUACAUCAAUGCCAACUUCAUCAAGGGCGUUUAUGGGCCAAGAGCAUACAUUGCAACCCAGGGUCCUCUCCCCACAACUGUCACUGACUUUUGGAGGAUGAUUUGGGAGUAUGAAGUCCUGAUUGUGGUCAUGGCUUGCAUGGAGUUUGAAAUGGGAAAGAAGAAAUGUGAGCGGUACUGGGCAGAGGUGGAUGGCUGUCCCCUGCAGUGUGGGCCCUUCUCCAUUGCCUGUGAAGCUGAAGAGAAGAAAAAUGAGUAUGUGAUUCGGACUUUAAAGGUGACUCUGAAUGAGGAAAUCCGUGCUGUACAUCAGUUCCACUAUAAAAACUGGCCAGACCACGAUGUGCCCUCAUCCAUUGACCCCAUCCUGGAGCUCAUCACCGACAUUCGCCGCUACCAGCCGGAUGAUGGUGUCCCCAUCUGUGUGCACUGCAGUGCUGGCUGUGGCAGGACAGGAGUCAUCUGUGCAAUCGACUACACCCAGACGCUGCUGAAGGACGGGAUUGUUCCAGUGAACUUCAGUAUUUUCAGCCUGAUCCAGGAGAUGCGCUCGCAAAGACCUUCCCUAGUGCAGACCAAGGAGCAGUACAAGCUGGUUUAUGAUGCAGUAAUUGAGCUCUUCAAGAGGCAGAUUAAUGCACUCGAUGCCCAGGAAGAUUCUGGUGUUUCACAGGUACAAACAAGGCAUCCUGUAGCAAAGCCACUUCUGACACCAGUGGAAGAUAUUUACUCUCUGAGAUUACUAACCUGCUCAGAGCAAGAGAAACAGGAUGUACAUCAAGGUCCUUCUCCACUGCUACCCAGCAAAGCGCCCCUGCCAGCACCAUCUGCCAGCUCUGGGUGCCGAGGCGCUGCCCUCAGACAGGCCAUCUCCUUUGGCACUUUGAACCUCAUCAGCCGCAGAAAGGCAGCUGCCACUCAGAAGUGGGCUGCUGGGGAUGCUCUUCAGAAGCACCACAGUCUGGAGUUCAACAACAUCUCUCCUGAGCAACUGCUUCUGAGCCCAGAACCGAAGGGAGGAGGCACGAGAGGGCUUCGUGGCAGAGCACCUCUGACUCGAGCUGCUUCCAGCCCUUUUGUGCUGGCCCAGCAGGGAGAAGGCUGGGAGUGGGAUGGAGGGGAUGCAAAGCCUGUCUUGAGUCCACAGUUGCCAAAUACCCGUUACUCAAGGUUUCAGGUGAAGAUGCAGGCUGGAUUUUCCCCUGAUGAGCUGAACCACUCAAGCCAAGAAGCAGACAGCCCCCCACGCUGCAGGAACCGAGGGCAAAGUCCUUGCCCUUACUUCUGCUCAGCAGAAGACCCCUAUUUCUCUUCACUCUCUUCAGAUGACCCCACGUCCCCCGUGUUUGCUGAGUGCUUUGUGGAGGAGCAGGAUGAACUUUCCCCUUCCUGUGCUGCCAGUGCUCCCCUACAGCCUGCUCUGGCCAGCUCCCCCCCACCCACGCCUGUGUCCCAUCACUCUCCCCUGCUGAACAGCCAGAGGAUAUCCUCCCUGAGUGCUCUGCCACAGCAAGAUGAUGAUGAUCCUCCGCCCCUGCCUGAGCGAACCCCCGAGUCUUUUAUCGUGGCCAGCGAAUGUGGACAAUUUCCUCUGGCCACGUCUGAUUUUCACCUUCCAGACAGAAACAGAAAUAUUGGAACCUCUUUGGAGUGGAGUGGUGAAUCUCACUCAGAGAUGUUUAAUGACUCCGUGAGACUGAGACCAUGUCAGAGUGUGAAGCUUCGGAGCCCACGAACAGAGACAACCUGGGAUCGCUCUGACUCUCCUCCCCCACUUCCUCAAAGAACCCCAGAGUCAUUUGUUCUUGCUGAUGCAGCGAGUAUGCAGCCUGCUGCAAGAAAUUCUACAAGUUCUGUGAGCUUGGAGAACAAUGCUUCCAAAACAUUGUCAGCAGAGACUACAAAAUGCUUCAGGAGAAGCAAGAGCUUGAAAAUACUGAAAAAUGUGAGAAAGAGCAUCUGUAGUCCAUCGUCACUGACAAAACCAUCAGAACCUGCCCCAUCAAACCACUCGAGGCCUUUCCUUAACUUUGGCUUUGCAAAUCGAUUUUCAAAACCUAAAGGACCACGAAAUCCACCCCCAGCAUGGAACAUUUAGGUAUGUUUUCUAGAAACGGCGUUGCAGAGCUGUGAAGUCCUUCGGAUACAACUUGAGUGCUCACCCCAACAAGGUUUACAGCAAAAUAAACACACCCAAAGCUGUUGUAUAUCUGCAGCUCAGGCACUACUUGUGCAUCUUUCAUCAACUGAAGUUUUAAAGAACAUAACGGUACGAGCAGCUAAGCACUUUCAGCUAAUUUACAACAGGAUGGAAACUGAAACUGGGAAUGGAUGUUUUAUGCAAAGAAAGGAUCAUUUUUUCGUGUGUUUUGGAAUGUAUUUACUUCAAAAGGAUGGACCUGAGCUUUCUGUAACAAAGCAGUGUAAACUGGUGGUGACACCAGAGAAGACUACUGAAUGGUAUGGAAAGCCAACGGAGUGGAUGAAAGGAAAACAAGACCUGGGUUGUGCAAACACAGCAUCUGUGUAACUUCACUCGUGUAGAAGUCUACCAUAACCAACCACACAUCCUUAAAUGUUUACAUUACUUGGACUAAAAGAGAAUUAGCAUCUCAGAUUUUAGAAAUAACUUUUCUUUACCUUUUUUCACCUAAGCAAAUCAGGUCGUUUGUCUCGAGUUUUGGUCACUAAGAUGCUGAUUGAUCAUAUCAAAACUAAACUAAUGAAACAGAAAAUGGGACAAACCAAAACACCACAGCAAGCAAAAUAUCACUGUGUUUUCAAAGCAACGCUGGUUUUAAGGAUUUGUGACUCUCCAGCACGGAAUUUCAGGUGGAUCUCUUGGACAAGCUUUCUAGAGGCUCCUCACCAGAACCCUCUGCUAUUUACAUCCUCAGUGGGGAAGGAUAAAGAUGCUGACAACUGCUUUAUGUGAUUGUUUUCCAACAGAGAAAGUGGGAUUUGAGGAAUUUCUUCGAGUAAAGAAUUACUGACAAGGGCUGGAACGGAGAACUCAAGCCGGUUUAAAGCCACCGUUUGCUGGGAGACACGGCUAAUACAGCCCAGAAGGAGCCCGACACACUUUUCAGCAAUCACCUGUUUUCCCACCAGCAGGAACCAACAAAAGAUCUUCAAUAGUCCUGAUGGAAAUCCCCCAGGGCUGCACCAAACCCACCGACACCAGCGUGUGAGGCAGCUCUGCCCCGAGCCCGGGGGAGCUCCUGGACGCCUCCGUGUGGGCCGGGGCCGGGGUAGAGGCCGCCGUGUCAGGCCGCGCCAGAACCGCGGCCGGUUUUACCUCACGUUUUACAGCGCUGUCGCUUGGCGAGUCGCACCCUCAGGCUUCGGCCGCCGCGGAUUCACGCGCUGAAGCGUUUCCU